AAGCAACUCCAUGGACCGCAUGGAUUUUAAUUUCUCUUUGUUUAUGUUAUAAAAUAGAAGCCAGAACCCAAUUGAGAAGCACACAAACAACAGUUCAUUUCUUUUCUACAAGCCAAGCUCAUCGUCUUCCUUGCUACCCUCACCCCAAUUAUGACAUUAACCAUAUUCCCACUGGUCAUUUUGGUUCUGAGUACUACUUUUUUAGCCAUGGCCAGUACUCAUGAGUUCAAAGAAACCCAAAUGUCCCUGUACUUCCAGGACUUCACCACCGGGUCAAAUCUCACGACAUUACCAAUUGCAGGAAUUGCCGGCAAGUUUUGGACCUUUGAUCAAUUUGGAACAGUUUACGUCACCGACGACCCCUUAACAGAAGGGCCAAGCCCUAAAUCGACACUAGUUGGCCGAGGACAGGCUUUUAUUGUAACAUCAGCACUAGAUGGACGUAACGCCCUAGUUUUUCUCUCGAUUGUGUUCACAAACAAGAAGUACAAUGGUAGCACUAUUGAGAUACAAGGAAACAGUAAGCAAUUUGAGCCGGUAAGAGAGGUGGCGGUGGUUUCAGGUACUGGUAAAUUUCGGUUUGCUAGGGGAUAUGCUACGCUCGAAACUUAUUUCGUGGACCAACCAAGGGGCUACUCUGUUAUACGCUGCAAUAUUACAGUGCAACACUAUUAGAAUUUACAGGUCUACAAGAUGAUGGUUUUUAGUUCUGAAAUUAGUUGGAUAAAUAAUGAAUAGAAUGUCCUAUUUUAUGGACUUCUAGUCAUUUACCAUUUGCUUGAUUGUGUUUUUGUGACUGUAAGUUAAUUUAUAUCGUAAUGUUGUAUGGUAAAGGUGGACGUAUCCAAAUAUAGACUCUAGAAUGGUUCUGUUUCAAA